AACACAUGUGAUUAUCUUUUACCCAACUGAAAUUUUCAUUGUUUUUAUAAUUCAUAGUUUGCAGAACAGGCAUGGUCUUAACGUGGGAGAAAUCUCCCGUUUAAACAUUUUGUCAAACAAUAGGCGAUAGUCACGAGGUUUCCUCGAGUUGUUGGAAUGCCUUCUAAAUCCCUCUCAAUCCCACCACCUGUACACACAUUUGCUAACAAUCUCAACUCGUAAAUUCCUCCAUUUCUUCUGUGUAGAGAUAUCCAAAACACCCACCAUGUCAUCCCUCAGCAUUACUCCACUGUCUUUAGCUUCUGCAAACAAAGAGCUGCAAAAUUCUACAUUUACAAGAAAAGCCUGUUUUUCCCAAUUCAAAGGACUCAGUGCAAAAAGAAAUUCUACAUGUACAAUUUAUACAACUGGUCGAAGGAAUGAGAAGAUCAGAGCAAUGGCUGCCGCUGCUCCUAAGAGAGAAGAUGAUCCAAAGAAGCGGGUCGUUAUAACUGGAAUGGGGCUAGUCUCUGUUUUUGGAAACGAUGUUGACACUUUUUAUGAAAAGCUUUUGGAGGGACAGAGUGGCAUUGGGCUUAUAGAUCGGUUUGACGCUACUUCUUACAGUGUUAGGUUUGGAGGACAAAUAAGGGAUUUUUCUGCAAAGGGAUACAUUGAUGGGAAGAAUGACCGUAGGCUUGAUGACUGCUGGAGAUACUGUAUAGUUAGCGGGAAAAAGGCGCUUGAAAGUGCUAAUCUUGGCAAGGAAAACUUGGACAAGAUAGACAAAACCCGUGUUGGAGUGCUGGUAGGAACAGGGAUGGGUGGCCUUUCAAUAUUCUCCGAUGGAGUAGAGGCUCUUGUGCAGAAGGGAUACAAACGAAUCACACCCUUUUUCAUCCCUUACUCUAUUACAAACAUGGGAUCUGCAUUAUUGGCAAUUGAUACAGGAUUAAUGGGUCCAAACUACUCAAUUUCAACAGCAUGCGCAACAGCAAAUUACUGUUUCUUUGCAGCCGCAAACCAUAUUCGCCGAGGUGAAGCAGACAUUAUGCUUGCAGGUGGUACAGAAGCUGCUAUUGUUCCAGUAGGGGUGGGCGGGUUUAUUGCUUGCAGGGCUCUUUCAAACAGGAAUGAUGACCCUCAGACAGCUUCAAGACCAUGGGACAAAGAGCGUGAUGGCUUUGUCAUGGGUGAAGGUGCUGGUGUGCUGGUUAUGGAAAGUCUUGAGCAUGCAAUGAAGCGAGGAGCUCCAAUUAUAGCUGAAUACCUGGGUGGAGGUGUCACUUGUGAUGCACAUCAUAUGACAGAUCCCCGGUCUGAUGGGCUUGGUGUCUCAACAUGCAUCACAAAAGCCUUGGAAGAUUCAGGAGUUUCGUCUGAGGAGGUCAACUACAUCAAUUGUCAUGCAACAUCCACACUAGCAGGAGACCUGGCAGAAGUUAGUGCUAUCAAGAAGGUCUUUAAGGAUACUUCUGGCAUAAAAAUGAACGGAACAAAGUCAAUGAUUGGGCAUUGCCUUGGUGCUGCUGGUGGACUGGAAGCAAUAGCAACUAUUAAGGCUAUCACUACUGGGUGGCUUCACCCCACAAUUAAUCAGUUUAAUCCAGAAUCGGAUGUUACGAUUGACACCGUUCCAAAUGUAAAGAAGCAGCAUGAAGUACAUGUUGGUAUCUCAAACUCAUUUGGAUUUGGUGGACACAAUUCAGUGGUAGCUUUUGCUCCAUUUAAUCCCUGAAACUGGAUUCUAGAUCAAGAUCUUGAUUUACGUACCUUUUCUAGCAGUUACAGUCAAUUGAUUUGGGGCAGAAAUUUUGGAUAUUCUAAUUGUGAUCGAGAGGGUCAGGGCUGCUUUAGGCUGUUUUCAUUUCUCCCAGAUGAAUCAGUUGCAGAAGUCAUGCUUUGGACAAGUUAAUAAUUUCUUAUUUAGACAGGAUUUUGCAGAUUAUUUAUGCUGCACUCCAUUUUUUAGCACAUGUUGCAAAGGCAGUUGAACUCCAAAUUCAGCUUUAGUGCAAUAGAUUAGCAGUAGAAAUCAAGUCAUGUCCAGUUAUUUUUAAAGAGCUCAAAGAAUUCAUCCAUGUACAAGGCCAUUUUAUUGUUGGUUCACUUGAUGCAGAAAAUUCUGCAUGGACAACUAUAAAUUCAAUCUUGGAUUUCUUGUGCCAGUGGUAUUUUCAAAGCCAAUAAAAAUUGUAAUGUUCCCUCAA